AUGCCGGAUGUUGAAAACAUACAGCGUUUAAGUUACGUCUCCUUCAUCACAUCCGACCAGGGCAAGUUUUUGCAACUGUACAAAUUCUACUCCAACUUGGGCUUUAGAUUAACCAAAAACUUUUCAAGGGUGACUACAGAUGGAGCUUCUGGAGCAUAUAAACCACAAAUGCAACUUGGAGUAUCUAAAGACUCCUUGAGGGAAGUAUGGCUUGAGUCGUACCCUUUACAAGAAUUGGAUAACAAUGGGAACUUGCGUCCAUGGCAAGAAAUGAAGGUUUACACCGGUGACGAUGGUGAAAGAUUGACUGAUACUACGGUCAUCAAGAUCAGAUUGUCCAAUGAAAAACAAUUGAAAUCAACUGUGAAAAGAUUCAUCUUUUUCAGUACAGACUUGAAGCAAGUGGAAAAAUUAUUGAAAGAUGCCAAUGUUGAAGUUGAAAGAGUUAAUGAUCAUGUAUUCCGUGUCAAAGACCCAUUGGGAAAUUAUUUGCAAUUUUCAAACACCAAGAAUGUGUUAGAUCUGAAGCAAUAUCACUCGCCACAAGAGUACAUUAGAGAAACCGAGGCUACGAUUUUGAAAAACAGGCACAAGAAACAACUCAAAUCGGAGAUUGAUUUAGUUAUCGACCAAGAAGAAGCCUUCAUUGAAGGCGGUAAAAAGAAAAAGAUUGCAGUUAUGACUUCGGGCGGUGAUGCUCCGGGAAUGAACCCUGCAGUAAGAGCCGUUGUACGUGCUGGUAUUUACUAUGGAUGUGACGUAUAUGCAGUGUAUGAGGGAUAUGAGGGUUUAGUUAAAGGUGGCGACUUGUUAAAAAAGAUGGACUGGUCCGAUGUACGUUCGUAUUUGUCUCUUGGUGGUACAGCUAUUGGUACAGCUAGAUGCAAAGAGUUUAGAGAACGUGAAGGUAGAUUACAAGCUGCUCACAAUAUGGUGAUCAAUGGUAUUGAUGCAUUGGUUGUCAUUGGUGGUGAUGGUUCCUUGACGGGAGCCGAUUUAUUUAGAAGCGAAUGGCCCUCAUUAGUUGAUGAGUUGGUCAAGACAGGAAAAUUGACCACCGAGCAAGUCAAACCAUAUCAGCAUCUUACUAUUGUUGGUUUAGUUGGGUCCAUAGAUAACGAUAUGUCAGGAACUGAUGUCACAAUUGGAGCCUAUUCCGCGUUAGAGAGAAUUACCGAGAUGGUGGAUUACAUUGACGCAACGGCUUCCUCACACUCAAGAGCUUUUGUUGUUGAGGUAAUGGGUAGACAUUGUGGUUGGUUGGCUCUUUUGUCAGGUAUGGCUACUGGUGCCGAUUACGUUUUCAUCCCUGAACGCCCACCAAAAGCUGGGGAGUGGAAACAGAAUUUGAAAGAUAUUUGUGCCAGACAUAGAGAAUAUGGUAGAAGAAAAACUACCGUGAUCGUCGCUGAAGGAGCAAUUGAUGAUGAGUUGAAUCCAAUUACAUCAGAACAAGUUAAGCAGGUGUUAGUGGAGAUUGGUUUGGAUACCAGAAUAACUAUCUUAGGACACGUGCAAAGAGGAGGUACUGCAGUUGCAAGCGACAGAAGAUUGGCUACUUUGCAAGGUGUCGAAGCAGUCAAGGCGGGGUUGGAAAUGACUCCAGAUACUCCUUCACCAAUGAUUGGUGUUUUGAGACAUAAACUUGUACGUUAUCCGUUGGUGGAUGCAGUUAAGAAAACCAAGGCAGUUGCCUCUGCUAUUGAAAACAAGGAUUUUGAUAAAGCAAUGAGUUUGAGAGAUGUGAAUUUUGCCGAAUCGUACAAGUAUUUCCAAUCGAUUACGAAAUAUGAUGAUGGAUCGAAGCAAUUGGCAGAAGAUAGGAGAUUGAAUAUUGCUGUCGUACAUGUUGGUGCUGCAUCGGCAGGAUUAAACGCAGCUACCAGGGCCAUAGCUUUGCAAAGUAUUUCCAGAGGACACACAUUGUAUGCUGUAACCAAUGGGUUUUCAGGUUUGGUCAAAGGUCAGUUGAGGAAAUUGAGCUGGUUAGAUGUUGAGGGUUGGCACAGUAGAGGUGGUAGUGAAAUUGGUACCAAUCGUUCAUUGCCAUCACAAAACUUUGGUGAGGUUGCCUUUUAUUUGCAGAAAUACAAUAUUCAAGGGCUAUUGAUCAUUGGUGGCUUUGAAGCUUUUACUUCAUUACAUGAGUUGCAUGAUCAAAGAGACAACUAUCCAAUUUUUAAAAUCCCAAUGGUUGUCAUUCCAGCAACAGUUUCAAACAAUGUACCUGGAACUGAAUACUCCUUGGGUUCAGACACGUGUAUGAAUGAGUUGGUUACAUAUUGUGAUGCAGUUCAACAAUCAGCAUCAUCUAGUCGUAGAAGAGUAUUUGUUGUUGAAGUACAAGGUGGUCACUCUGGUUUUGUUGCCGCCUACUGUGGAUUAAUCACUGGUGCUUUAGCCACCUAUACACCUGAAGCCAAAAUUACGUUAAAAGAAUUGCAACGUGAUAUUAAUCUUUUAUUCAAAGUAUUCCAAAGCGAUAGAGGUGAGGAUCACAACGGUAAGUUGAUUGUUCGUAAUGAACAAGCGUCAAGUGUCUAUACUACAGAAUUGAUUGCCGAUAUCAUUAAGGAGAAUGCUAAAAGCAGAUUCGAAACACGUACUGCAGUACCAGGUCAUGUCCAACAAGGCUAUACCCCAUCAGCCGCUGACCGUGUAUAUGCGGUACAAUUUUCGUUGAAAGCUAUUGAAUUUCUUGAACAAUAUAACCGCUGUGUUGACAAUGCCGAUAUUAUAAUGGACAAAGAAGACAAUGAUGACAAUGAUGAUGAUGAAGAAGGUUAUGAUAUUGAUUUCAGUCCUAAACAUUCACAAGUUGUUAUUGGUAUCCAGGGGGCCGCAUUGCAAUUCACCAGUGUUAAGAAGCUUUAUGAUUUUGAAGCUGAUGUCAAAUUGAGGAAAGGUAAGACGGUACAUUGGAAGAAUAUAAUUGAAGUUGAGGAUAUGUUGAGUGGUAAAUCCUUGUUGAAACGAAAUGAAAGGGGAUAA